CUUUUUACCCCAUUUUGGCUCCUUUUUAUUUAAAAACCCUGACUCGUUAACCCUAACUCACUCAUUCCCAAUCCUCUCCUUCUCAACUCCUAUAAGUGGGACUAAUUUGCCCAUUUUUUUUUAAGUAAAGAGGACAAAAGAUAAUCUGACUCUUAGUAUAGUGGUCUCUCCAUGGUGUAUUUAUCACAACUCAUAAGAAGUGGGUGGCACAUAUAGGAAAAAGCAGCUAUCCUCCUUCACAAUGAGCAAUUGCUACAUGACUAGAUUUCGUGCUGUUCAUCAUAAAGCUAUGGUUCCUUGGUCCAUGGACAGGUGGAGAAAGGGAUGUCAAAGAACCCUUUCCACCAGCUCUACGCAUUUCUCUCGAAACACUUCACUUACUGUUCGUGCCCCAACAUCGAUUGUGCUGGCUGUCAACCUUACCCCAUUUGAUGCACCUCAACGCUCAGAUGAAUGGUUUGCCCUUCGUAGGAACAAGCUAACCACAAGUACCUUUACUACAGCUUUGGGUUUUUGGAAAGGAAAGCGCCGCUCUAAACUCUGGCACGAAAAAGUUUUCGCAGCUGAAACACAGGUUCUGAAAUCUUCUAUUAGGUGUGCUAUGGAAUGGGGUGUGCUCAAUGAAGUAACUGCUAUUGAGAGGUACAAAAGGAUCACAGGUCGUGAGGUUAGCUCUUUAGGAUUCGCUAUCCAUUCAAAAGAGAAGUUUGAUUGGCUUGGUGCAUCACCGGAUGGUCUUGGUUGCUUUCCUGGAGGUGGUAUCUUGGAAGUGAAGUGUCCUUACAACAAAGGUAAACCCCAGACUGCUCUACCGUGGUCAACCAUGCCAUUCUAUUAUAUGCCUCAGGUUCAGGGUCAAAUGGAGAUAAUGGAUCGAGAAUGGGUUGAUUUGUAUUGUUGGACACCAAAUAGAAGCACGAUAUUCCGCGUGUGUAGAGAACGUAGUUAUUGGGAUCUUAUGCACGGGAUUUUGCAGGAAUUUUGGUGGGGAAACGUAAUGCCUGCUAAGGAGGCCUUAUCACUAGGCAAGGAAGAGGAUGCCAAGAGAUAUGAACCUUCAUCCAGACACAAGCAAACAGGGCUUGUAAUUUCUAAGAGCAUAAAGUUAGCUAGUAAAGCAAAGAUGAUAUGUAGGGAGAUUGCAGGUCGUAUUGAAUUUUAUAGAUGAUCUAGUGGAGGAUCGCGAACCGGUUGGGAUACCUUGGCUUUCAGUUCCUCCUUAGUCUUGCCUUCGACUUGCGGUUCAGUGACCACGAGGCGCUCUUCUUCAACAUGUUUUGCCACAAAAGUUUUCUCCUGACCAUCAACAUCAACCCCCUUCGAACUUGGAAACGGCUUUAGUUGCUUCCUAUAAUCCUUGUCCAUGGUAAAAGUACCAUAGAGGCUCCUGUACAAAGUGUGAGACUGCAAUUUGUAUUUUUUUACUAAAGAAAUGGGUAAAUUAGCCUCUGUAAAUUAGAUCAA